AUGUCCGACCCUUCCACCUCCGCUGAUCGCUCUACCAAGGACCCUAAAAAGUCCAAGGGAAAGCAACCCGACUCUGAUUUGUCCUCAAAACUUGACAAGAGUGGCAAGCUCACCAAAGAAGAAUGCCAUCAUCAUUUCGAGAACAACCUCUGCCUCUUCUGUGGGUGCUCUGGGCAUGUGGCCAAAGAGUGUCCUAAGUCCUCCUCCCAAGCCAAAGCUAGGGCAGCCCAGGCUGAGGAUGCCAUGGAUUCUGUGCCCUCCAAUCUCUCUCUGCUGCCUCUGGUCGAUGCCAAUGACCCUAGGACUGCCUCCUCCUCUCUCCUGCUCUGCCACCCACCUGCAUCCGCAGCACCUCCAGACCUCUACCACCAUACCACCACCUCCUCAGACCCCUUUGUCAGGGCAACCACACCUGACCAUACAACCCCAGAACCACCUUCCCUGACCUCCCCCCACUUCCCUCAUCCUCCCAUCUUCACACACCUUUCACAACUACAGCCCGCACGCGAACCCGCAGGAAAAAUCACUGAAUUUGAGGAGCUUGGGGUAGGAUCCAGCACUUGGCUGCCUGGGACACCGCAAGUGUCCAGUUCUGAGGAGAUGGGCUUGCUUGUUGUUGAUGAAUCCCAACUUGUCAUUCCAUCCUCCUUCCUACCUCCGGUCUCCACACCUCCGGUACCUUCUCAUUCCUAUCUUACCUCCGGUCCUGAUAAUCUUAUUAUUUUAUCAUUUGAUAUUUUCUACAACCCCAAUCUUCCAGACUACAACUUCCGGGCUCCGGACCUUUCCGGAUGUCUUUCUCUGUAG